UCCUGUAGCCAUCUUCCCGGUUCCAGAGGUGUCCCAUAGUAAACGCCAGGCAUUGGCUCUUUUAGCGUGACCAGCGGAGGCCGACGGAGCUAAACCUGACGUGGAACCAAAAAUAAGCCGCGUCAGACACGUGGUACAAGGAGGCGUUCAUCUUGGAACCGGGCAAGGAGUUUUUCCGCUUUGGGCUGUACAUCUUUAAUAUGAUGUUGGGAAAGAAUCUGCUUUUGUUUGUCCUUCUUUAAUUGCUUUUCCAGAUCCCUGGUGAUGAUUCAUCUCUCGAAUAAAGGGUUUGGUUUAAAAUCACACUUCUGUCCCCGCUAUUAUGCCCGUAUUAAAAAUGGCCGCCUCCUUCCAGUGAUAGUUGCUCUGCGAACUAGAUCCGGGCGGAAACAGUGGGUAAGCAGAGGCAGAGGGGCAGAGCCAAGGUUGCUUCAUAGAGGCUCGCGGGAGUCUCGAAGGCGGCUCAGGUCAGAGUUGUUGGGUUUUGCUCAGGCUGCUGUAGGAAGAACCAGCCUGUGGGGAGCGGCUACACCUUACUGCUGGAGCUUGCCCAUUAGCUAAGAAGGCGGCCGAGUGGGCCGCCUGGCAGGUCACCAUGUGGGCCUUCCCGGAGUUGCCUAUGCCGCUGUUGGUGAAUUUGAUCGGCUCGCUGAUGGGAUUUGUGGCCACACUGACCCUUAUCCCUGCUUUCCGAGGCCACUUCAUCGCCGCGCGCCUCUGUGGCCAGGACCUCAACAAAUCCAGCCGGGAGCAAAUCCCAGAGUCCCAGGGAGUGAUCAGCGGUGCUGUUUUCCUUAUCAUACUCUUCUGCUUCAUCCCUUUCCCUUUCCUGAACUGCUUUGUGGAGCAGCAGUGUAAAGCCUUCCCCCACCAUGAAUUUGUGGCCCUGAUAGGUGCACUCCUUGCCAUCUGCUGCAUGAUUUUCCUGGGCUUCGCGGAUGAUGUACUGAAUUUGCGCUGGCGCCAUAAGCUGCUGCUGCCCACAGCUGCCUCACUACCUCUCCUCAUGGUCUAUUUCACCAACUUUGGCAACACGACCAUUGUGGUACCCAAGCCCUUACGCCCGAUCCUUGGCCUGCAUCUGGACUUGGGGAUCCUGUACUAUGUCUACAUGGGGCUGCUGGCAGUGUUCUGUACCAAUGCCAUUAAUAUUCUAGCAGGAAUUAAUGGCCUUGAGGCUGGCCAGUCACUCGUCAUUUCUGCUUCCAUCAUUGUCUUCAACUUGGUGGAGCUGGAUGGUGAUUAUCGAGAUGAUCACAUCUUUUCUCUCUACUUCAUGAUACCCUUUUUUUUCACCACCUUGGGACUGCUCUACCAUAACUGGUACCCAUCACGGGUGUUUGUGGGAGAUACCUUCUGUUACUUUGCUGGCAUGACCUUUGCCGUGGUGGGCAUCUUGGGACACUUCAGCAAGACCAUGCUCCUCUUCUUCAUGCCCCAGGUGUUCAACUUCCUCUACUCACUGCCUCAGCUCCUGCAUAUCAUCCCCUGUCCUCGCCACCGUAUGCCCAGACUCAAUACCAAGACAGGCAAACUGGAGAUGAGCUAUUCCAAGUUCAAGACCAAGAGCCUCUCUUUCUUGGGCACCUUUAUUCUAAAGGUAGCAGAGAACCUUGGGCUACUGACGGUGCGCCACAGUGAGAAUGAGGAUGGUGCCUUCACGGAAUGUAACAACAUGACCCUCAUCAACUUGCUACUUAAAGUCUUUGGGCCCAUGCAUGAGAGAAACCUCACCCUCCUCCUGCUGUUGCUACAGGUCGUCGGUAGUGCUGUCACCUUCUCCAUUCGGUACCAGCUUGUCCGACUCUUCUAUGAUGUCUGAGUCCCCUGAUCCAUUGCCCUUUGCUUCACAGCCUCCGGGGUUCCUGACUCAGGCCAACAUUUCCUGGACCAAGACUGCCAACUGGCCCAGGCCUCUCCCACCCUUCAUUUUCCUCCAGAUUUUGUUCUCAGCAUUUCCUUUCCCCUGUGAUUAUUGACACUUGGGCCUGUCUUGCUCUCUAAUAACUGGUGAUUGGACUUUGCCUAUGGCUUUCUUCAGCUUGCCACUCUCCCUCUCCAUCCCAUCUUUGCUGCCUCCUAAGUUGGGGUACUGUAGCUUUUAUGCAAUUGCCCACAACUCUGACACUCAAGGAAAAUGCUGGACUUGGGGACAGAACUCUGGCUGGGGAUAGGGACACAGGUUCAAAGGUGACUUGACAUUUGACUAUAAAUUAAGUAUUCUGAUGAUUAAGAGCAGACCGGGGGCCAGGUGCUCCCAGUGGUGACAAUAAAGUAUUGUCUUUUU